AUGGAUAUCAAGGAUGCCUAUAGAUCCAUCAAGCUCGGUUCAAAUGUCCAACUCCUCAGUCAGAUCAACUACAAGGGAAAAAACUGGACCUACACCUACAUGAGUGAUGGUAAUUCUACUAAUCCUCAAGUCCUCGAGAUCAUCAUUGCGCAUGCCAUCGGGGAACUAGAACGACUCGAUACUUGCCCUGGACUACUUGUGAGCUACAUGGACGACUUCCUAUACCUUGGUGGCCAGCCUGAAGACAUUGAAAAAGUGAAGGCCCACUUAGCAAGCUACGGUAUGUAUCUAACCACCGAAGACCUCAACGGACCUGAUGCUAAUGGUUUACUAGUCCUCGGACAUGAGCUUUGCGAUAAUGGUAACUCUCUUCUACUGCCUACCUACAAGUAUAAAGAUGCCGUCGACUUCGACAUCUCCUGCACAGUCUCAUAUAAAAAAGCUCUAUCACUCCUCAAUAUUUUAUGGCAGGCUUGGGACCUAUUACCGUGGCACAUUCUCAUCAUCAAGAACUGCCUGACUGCACUAGUUUCAAGAUUAAGAGCUGUGAACGACCACAAAUGGACUGACGAUGUGGACGAUAAGGCUAUGGACUUGCUCAGAAGAUGGCAACAACUGUUGAAGGCCAACCCUCCAACUCCGACGCACCGGUACAUCAAUCCAGAAUCUGGAUCUGCAUCUGGAUUCCAGAUGCACCUAUUCAUGUCUGGUUCGACUCCUCCGAACUCUUAG